UCAGCCCGAUGGCAGAAGAGGUUGACAAAAAAGAAAGACACCUGUUGGGGUGGCCUGCCAGACCCAGGAAUGGUGGGCUCUGUGAGGGCCCGGGAAUUCGGACUCAGGACAGGGAUUCUCCAUGGCUAGCCCAGAAACACAAGGUCCAGCCACUCUCCAGCGGGGAGACCUGGGGGUGAAGGGGUGAGCCCUGCGCAGGUCUCUGUUCCUUAGUCUUCACUGGGCAGUGUGGAGAGGUGUGGCCAGGAGGAGCCCACGUUUGUCCAGACCGGGGUCUACUCUGGCACCAGAGUGACCACCUCUGACCUCUCCUUUCCUCGUCCUGGGCUGGGAACGACACCAAAUGAGGGACAUGGAAAGGGGUGAGAAGCAUAAAUGUGCGUGUGUUUCUGCAGAGGAGGGGGCAUGGGCCCCUGCCGGGCUGCGCAGGGGAGGGUGGGGUGGGACUUUUCCAGAGAGGGAGCCAGGCCUGGCCCGGCCCGGCCCCGGGAGCUCACGUCACCCCCACCCCUCACUUCUCCAGGGAACUGCCAAAGCCAAACCCAGCUCGGGACGGGAUUAUGUGUACUGGGUAGACCCGUGGAGAGGGGCGGCGAGAAGAGAUCUCGGUGGCAGAGAGAAGCAGAGGCAGAGAGGGCAUGGAGAGGGGUCGGCAUCAGAGAAGGGGCAGGCAGUGACCGUCACCCCAUUUCUUUUUCCCUCAGCUGGAGUAACAAGUCAGGCAGAGCCUGAAGACUUGGGUGGAACAUGGGCCCUUCUCUGGACACCCUGGCCUCCCCCCUUCAGUCAGGGCGGAGUUGCUGACCUCAGUGGCCAGCCCAGCCAGGGGAAGGAGUGACCAUUGGCAACCCCCUCCCCAACCCCAAGCCCUGAGGCGCCCGCUCUGACUCAGCCACUCUGACCCCUCCCUCAAAUUCCGAACCCUAGGUCUCAGGGAGGGCAGUGGGGCUGAGUGUCUGCCCCCAAGCACAUUCCUACCGUUCUCUUGAUCAUUUUCCACCCCAGAGCUGGCCCACCUCAGCAAUGCGAGGGCUCCCUGGAUUCCUCUCCCGGGUGCCUUUCAGAUCCAACAGAAACAGAUUUUUUUUUUUUCCUGGAAAGCAGAACUAAGAGUGGGAUGAGGAGCAGGGGUGGGAAGGACUCAAAGUGAGAAGAAGGGGGCAAAGAGAGUCAGGCUUGGUGGCUGGGGUGGGUUCCAAGCCUCACUUCUCCAGUGUUCAAAGCUGAACUUCAGAUGGACCUCCCGGCUCUUCAGAAUGAGAGGCCUGUGGCUGGGGCAUGAGGCAGCCCCGGCUGCACCUCUCCUUCCCGCUUCCCCAGCUGGUAGAGACGCACAGGAAACAAGCCCUCACUGAACCAACUCCGGAUGCUGGCACCCAGAGUGGAUGUUACAUUGCUGGCUUCUUCUCUAGAGAUUAAACCAUCAACCCAUUUAGCUUAUCCCUUGGCCAAAAAGUGUCUGAGAUGUGCCUGGAUGUUCCCUAAAGAGCUUAUCUAAGAAGGGAAGAGAAAGCCAGGAGAGAGGACCCUCCACGCCCAGAUGCCUGCGUAGUUUUUGUGACCAGUCAGCUCCUCCCUUCCCCUGGGGCAGUAGGGGGGAGCGAUGGAGAACUGGAUGGGCAGGCCCUGGUUGUAUCUGCUGCUGCUUCUGUCCCUCCCUCAGCUCUGCCUGGAUCAGGAGGUGUUGUCCGGACACUCUCUUCAGACACCUACAGAGGAGGGCCAGGGCCCCGAAGGUGUCUGGGGACCUUGGGCCCAGUGGGCCUCUUGCUCCCAGCCCUGCGGGGUGGGGGUGCAGCGCAGGAGCCGGACAUGUCAGCUCCGUACAGUGCAGCUCCGCCCAAGUCUGCCCCUCCCUCCCCGGCCCCCAAGACAUCCAGAAGCCCUCCUCCUCCAGGGCCAGGGUCCCAGACCCCAGACGUCUCCAGAAACCCUCCCCUUGUACAGGACACAGUCUCGGGGAAGGGGUGGCCCACUUCGAGGUCCCGCUUCCCACCUAGGGAGAGAGGAGACCCAGGAGAUUCGAGCGGCCAGGUCCCGGCUUCGAGACCCCAUCAAGCCAGGAAUGUUCGGUUAUGGGAGAGUGCCCUUUGCAUUGCCGCUGCACCGGAACCGCAGGCACCCUCGGAGGCCACCCAGAUCUGAGCUGCCCCUGAUCUCUUCUAGAGGGGAAGAGCCCAUUCCAUCCCCUACUCCAAGAGCAGAGCCAUUGUCGGCAAACGGCAGCCCCCAGUCUGAGCUCCCUCCCACAGAACUGUCUGUCCACACCCCAUCCCCCGCAGCAGAACCUCUAAGCCCUGAAACUGCUCAGACAGAAGUGGCCCCCAGAACCAGGCCUGCCCCCCAACGGCACCACCCCAGAGCCCAGGCCUCUGGCACAGAGCCCCCCUCACCCACGCACUCCUUAGGAGAAGGUGGCUUCUUCCGUGCAUCCCCUCAGCCACAAAGGCCAAGUUCCCAGCGCUGGGCCAGUCCCCAGGUAGCAGGGAGACACCCUGAUCCUUUUCCUUCGGUCCCUCAGGGCCGAGGCCAGCAGGGCCAGGGGCCUUGGGGAACGGGGGGGACUCCUCACGGGCCCCGCCUGGAGCCUGACCCUCAGCACCCAGGCGCCUGGCUGCCCCUGCUGAGAAACGGCCCCCACGCCAGCUCCCUCUGGAGCCUCUUUGCUCCCAGUAGCCCUAUCCCAAGAUGUUCUGGGGAGAGUGAGCAGCUAAGAGCCUGCAGCCAAGCGCCCUGCCCCCCCGAGCAGCCAGACCCCCGGGCCCUGCAGUGCGCGGCCUUUAACUCCCAGGAAUUCAUGGGCCAGCUGUACCAGUGGGAGCCCUUCACUGAAGUCCAGGGCUCCCAGCGCUGUGAACUGAACUGCCGGCCCCGUGGCUUCCGCUUCUAUGUCCGUCACACCGAAAAGGUCCAGGAUGGGACCCUGUGUCAGCCUGGAGCCCCUGACAUCUGUGUGGCUGGACGCUGUCUGAGCCCCGGCUGUGAUGGGAUCCUUGGCUCUGGCAGGCGUCCUGAUGGCUGUGGAGUCUGUGGGGGUGAUGAUUCUACCUGUCGCCUUGUUUCUGGGAACCUCACUGACCGAGGGGGCCCCCUGGGCUAUCAGAAGAUCUUGUGGAUUCCAGCGGGAGCCUCACGGCUCCAGAUUGCCCAGCUCCGGCCUAGCUCCAACUACCUGGCACUUCGUGGCCCUGGGGGCCGGUCCAUCAUCAAUGGAAACUGGGCUGUGGAUCCCCCUGGGUCCUACAGGGCCGGCGGGACCGUCUUUCGAUAUAACCGUCCUCCCAGGGAGGAGGGCAAAGGGGAGAGUCUGUCGGCUGAAGGCCCCACCACCCAGCCUGUGGAUGUCUAUAUGAUCUUUCAGGAGGAAAACCCAGGCGUUUUUUAUCAGUAUGUCAUCUCUUCACCUCCUCCAAUCCUUGAGAACCCCACCCCAGAGCCCCCUUUCCCCCAGCUUCAGCCGGAGAUUCUGAGGGUGGAGCCCCCACUCGCUUCGGCGCCCCGCCCAGCCCGGACCCCAGGCACCCUCCAGCGUCAGGUGCGGAUCCCCCAGAUGCCCGCCCCGCCCCAUCCCAGGACACCCCUGGGGUCUCCAGCUGCGUACUGGAAACGAGUGGGACACUCUGCAUGCUCAGCGUCCUGUGGGAAAGGUGUCUGGCGCCCCAUUUUCCUCUGCAUCUCCCGUGAGUCGGGAGAGGAACUGGAUGAACGCAACUGUGCCGCGGGUGCCAGGCCCCCAGCCUCCCCUGAACCCUGCCACGGCACCCCAUGUCCCCCAUACUGGGAGGCUGGCGAGUGGACAUCCUGCAGCCGCUCCUGUGGCCCCGGCACCCAGCACCGCCAGCUGCAGUGCCGGCAGGAAUUUGGGGGGGGUGGCUCCUCGGUGCCCCCGGAGCGCUGUGGACAUCUCCCCCGGCCCAACAUCACCCAGUCUUGCCAGCUGCGCCUCUGUGGCCAUUGGGAAGUUGGCUCUCCUUGGAGCCAGUGCUCCGUACGGUGCGGCCGGGGCCAGAGAAGCCGGCAGGUUCGCUGUGUUGGGAACAAUGGUGAUGAAGUGAGUGAGCAGGAGUGCGCGUCAGGCCCCCCGCAGCCCCCCAGCAGAGAGGCCUGUGACAUGGGGCCCUGUACUACCGCCUGGUUCCACAGCGACUGGAGCUCCAAGUGCUCAGCCGAGUGUGGGACGGGAAUCCAGCGGCGCUCUGUUGUCUGCCUUGGGAGUGGGGCAGCCCUCAGGCCGGGCCAGGGGGAAGCAGGAGCAGGAACUGGGCAGAGCUGUCCAACAGGAAGCCGGCCCCCUGACAUGCGCGCCUGCAGCCUGGGGCCCUGUGAGAGGAUUUGGCGCUGGUACACAGGGCCCUGGGGUGAGUGCUCCUCCGAAUGUGGCUCCGGCACACAGCGUAGAGACAUCAUCUGUGUAUCCAAACUGGGGACGGAGUUCAACGUGACUUCUCCGAGCAACUGUUCUCACCUCCCCAGGCCCCCUGCCCUGCAGCCCUGUCAAGGGCAGACCUGCCAGGACCGAUGGUUUUCCACGCCCUGGAGCCCGUGUUCUCGCUCCUGCCAAGGGGGAACGCAGACACGGGAGGUCCAGUGCCUGAGCGCCAACCAGACCCUCAGCACCCGAUGCCCUCCUCAACUGCGGCCCUCCAGGAAGCGCCCCUGUAACAGCCAACCCUGCAGCCAGCGCCCUGAUGAUCAAUGCAAGGACAGCUCUCCACAUUGCCCCCUGGUGGUACAGGCCCGGCUCUGCGUCUACCCCUACUACACAGUCACCUGUUGCCGCUCUUGCGCACAUGUCCUGGAGCGGUCUCCCCAGGAUCCCUCCUGAAAGGGGUCCGGGGCACCCUCACGGUUUUCUGUGCCACCAUCGGUCACCCAUUGAUCGGCCCACUCAGAACCCCCUGGCUCUCCAGCCUGUCCCAGUCUCAGCAGGGAUGUCCUCCAGGUGACAGAGGGUGGCAAGGUGACUGACAGAAAGUGACUUUCAGGUCUGUGGUCAGGCCCAUGUGGUGAUGUGAUGGGUGUGUACACAUAUGCCUCAGGUGUGCUUUUGGGACUGCAUGGAUAUGUGUGUGCUCAAACGUGUAUCACUUUUCAAAAAGAAGUUACACAGACUGAGAAGGACAAGACCUGUUUCCCUGAGACUUUCCUAGGUGGAGAGGAAAACAAGUCCGCAGUUCCUUGCUAAUCUGAGCUACUUAGAGUGUGGUCUCCUCACCACCAACUCCAGUUUUGUGCCCUAAGCCUCCUUUCUCAUGUUCAGACCUCACAUCUUCUAAGCCGCCCUGUGUCUCUGACCCCUUCUCAUUUGCCUAGUAUCUCUGCCCCUGCCUCCCUAAUUAGCUAGGGCUGGGGUCAGCCACUGCCAAUCCUGCCUUACCCAGGAAGGCAGGAGGAAAGAGACUCCCUCUCCAGAGCAAGGCCCAGCUGGGCAGAGGGUGAAAAAGAGAAAUGUGAGCAUGCGCCCCCCCUCCUGCCCCGCCCACCCAGCCCGUAGCCCCACUCCCUGCCUCCUGAAAUGGUUCCCUCCCAGAACUAAUUUAUUUUUUAUUAAAGAUGGUCAUGACAAAUGAGAAA